AUGGAGCGGGUGGCGCUGGUUGGUUUACAAUUGGUAGUGUCGCCGAUCCUGAAGAAACUCAUCGCGGAUGCCUCAACUUACCUUGGGGUUGACAUGGCGAGUGAGCUCCAUGAACUGGAGACCACCAUCAUGCCGCAGUUCGAGCUCAUGAUUGAAGCAGCUAGCAAGGGCAACCACAGGAUCAAGUUGGAAAAAUGGGUCCAAGAGCUCAAAGAAGCCAUCUGCAAAGCCGAAGACCUGCUCGACAAGCAUGAGUACAACCUCCUCAAGCACCAAGCAAAGAGCGGGAGUGCCUCCACCAGCACUUGUAUGCAUCUUGCAUGUAACUGGCUGUCCAAUCUGGGCACCAAGAACAGGAAGGUACUUCACCAGCUCAAGGAACUAAAGGUCAUUCUUGCCAAAGGCAAGGAGCUCCGUGAACUUCUUUGCUUACCAGCUGGUAAUAAUAGUGCAGAGGGCCCUGCUAUUCCUCAAACCACAUCAUUACCACCUCUGAAAGUAAUAGGUCGUGACAAGGAUCGCGAUCGUAUAAUAAACUUUCUUACCGAGCCUGUUGGUGCUGCCACCGAUGCUAUAUAUUCAGGUCUGGCUAUUGUUGGAGCAGGAGGCAUGGGAAAAUCCACCUUGGCACAACAUGUUUACAAUGACAAGAGGGUACAAGAACAUUUUGAUGUCCGGAUGUGGGUGUGCAUCUCACGCAGACUUGAUGUCCGUCGUCAUACACGGGAGAUCAUCGAGUCCGCGGCCAAGAGGGAGUGCCCGCGUGUUGAUAAUCUGGAUACUCUCCAGUGCCAACUAAGGGACAUGCUGCAGAUAUCAGAGAAAGUCUUGCUUGUGUUGGAUGAUGUUUAG